AGUCCUUGUAUCCUUUGGGAGAGUAUCUAGUUUUGCUGUAUUUCAAACACAGGCACGCGUUUUGCUUUCACCUCUGCGCUUAAAAGAUGCAACUAAUAUAUAAGGAAAAUGAACUGAAGGAUGCUGUGCAAGAAAAGAAUCGCUUGAGCCUUCAAUAUGCCAGUGUAUCCCACAAGGCCCUGCAAUAUGACCAGGUAAAAUCAGACUAUGAUCAGCUUAGAGAAACCCUCAUCAUAGUGACCAAAGAACGAGAUUUGGCUGUGAAGGAGAAACACCAGCUCCAAGUCAAGCUGGAGAACUUAGAGCAGGUCCUAAAGCAUAUGCGAGAGGCUGCUGAACGGCGGCAACAGCUGGAGUUGGAGCAUGAGCAAGCCUUGGCUGUUCUCAAUGCAAAACAGCAGGAAAUUGAACUCCUGCAGAAGGCUCAGGUUGAGGCCAAGAAAGAACAUGAAGGCGCAGUUCAGCUGCUAGAGAACACCUUGGACAGCAUGCAGGCCAAAGUUCGAGAGCUAGAGGAGAAAUGCCGGACACAGAGCGAACAAUUUAACCUCCUUUCCAAGGAACUGGAGAAAUUUCGGCAGCAAGCUGGGAAGAUCGAUCUCCUGAGCAGUAACUCAGUGGCAUCCUCAGACCUCCCUGGCUCCCCUAGUAAAUCUCUGUCCCAGUUAAUGAAUGGAAUAGCCAACUCCAUAGGCAAAGGUCAUGAAAGCCCUUCUGGAAGUCGUUGUGUGAUUUCAGAGUUUAUACGACCCCUUCAGAUAUCCAGUGACAAACCAGAACAAUUGUCUGUCAAACCUACUUUCCUAUCCAGGUCAAGAUCCGGCAGCCCAAGAUGCAGAUUUGAUUCAGACAUGGAUAAUGAACGGAAUGCCAAUACCUCAAAGCAGAGAUACUCUGGGAAAGUCCAUCUUUGCAUCGCCCGUUACAGUUACAACCCUUUUGAUGGACCAAAUGAAAAUCCAGAAGCAGAGCUCCCCCUUACAGCAGGAAAAUACCUCUAUGUGUAUGGAGAUAUGGAUGAAGAUGGCUUUUAUGAAGGUGAACUUCUGGAUGGACAAAGAGGACUAGUCCCUUCAAACUUCGUGGAUUUUGUUCAAGAUAAUGAGGCCCGUCUGUCGAGCACAUUGAGCAGUGAACAGGAUCAGAAUUUUAUCAAUCAUUCGGGUCAUGCUUUGGAAGGAGGUGGUCUGCUGGAGAUCAGUCCACCAACUCGCAUAGAGUCCAGUGUAAUCAAUAAUGGCGCAGGGACUCUGGAUGUAAACAUUGAUGAAAUCGGAGAAGACAUUGUGCCUUAUCCUAGAAAAAUCACCCUUAUUAAACAACUAGCCAAAAGUGUUAUUGUGGGCUGGGAGCCACCAGUAGUGCCACCUGGUUGGGGAACUAUUAACAGCUACAAUGUCCUGGUUGACAAAGAAGUACGGAUGAAUAUAUCCCUGGGAAGCAGAACUAAAGCUCUUAUAGAGAAACUUAACAUUGCUACCUGCACUUACCGAAUAUCAAUUCAGAGCAUUACAAGUAGGGGGAACUCAGAUGAGCUACAGUGCACUUUGUUAGUUGGAAAGGAUGUCAUCGUUGCGCCCUCUAAUCUAAAGGUGGACAACAUAACCCAGAUUUCUGCUGAGCUGUCCUGGCUUCCUACCAACAGUAAUUACAGUCACGUGAUUUUUCUUAACGAAGAAGAGUUUGACAUCGUCAAAGCCACUAGCUACAAGUACCAGUUUUUUAAUUUGAAGCCUAACAUGACCUACAAAGUGAAGGUCAUGGCAAAACCCCAUCAAAUGCCCUGGCAGCUUCCUCUGGAGCAGCGGGAAAGAAAAGAAGCCUUCGUGGAGUUUUCUACAUUGCCAGCAGGUCCUCCCGCUCCACCUCAAGAUGUUACUGUACAGGCAGGUCCCACCCCCGCAACUAUACAGGUCUCCUGGAAACCACCGACUUUGACAUCAACAGGAACCUCCAAUGGAGCAAAUGUUACUGGCUAUGGUGUUUAUGCAAAAGGUCAACGGGUGGCAGAGGUGAUUUUUCCAGCAGCAGAGAACACGACUGUGGAGCUAAUGAGAAUACGGAGCUUAGACGCUCGGGACGUCACUGUAAGAACACUUUCUGCCCAGGGGGAAUCUGCGGACUCUUCCAUUGCUGCCAUUUCACCUGACCUACUGGUGCCUCCAACCCCUCACCCUAGAACUGCUCCCAAAUCUAAGCCAUUAGCAAGUGCCGGAGCCCCAAAUACCAAAGAUGAACAUUUAGGUCCGCAUUUAAAAAUGGAUGAGUCAUGGGAACAGACUCAUUCGGCAUCUCCUAUUCAUGGACACACGCUGGAGCCUCCUGCCCCCAACUUUCAUGGCCCGCUUCAAGGAAGGAGGUCUCCCUCACCUAAUCGAAUACUCCCUCAGCCACAAGGCACACCUGUCCCGAAUACUGUCGCUAAAGCCAUGGCAAGAGAAGCUGCACAACGAGUUGCAGAGAGCAACAGGAUGGAGAAGAGGAGUGUAUUCAGCGAAAGGAGCAACGCAGCACCUUAUGCAAACUCGGAUGAUGAGGAAGAUGGCUACAAUUCUCCUAACAUUAAAAGGAGAGGGGCUUCAGUGGACGAUUUCCUAAAAGGCUCAGAGCUUGGAAAGCAGCCUCACUACUGUCAUGGAGAAGAGUACCACACUGAAAGCAGCAGAGGCUCCGACUUGUCUGAUAUCAUGGAGGAGGACGAGGAAGAGCUUUACUCAGAGAUGCAGCUGGAGGAUGGUGGAAGACGGAGAGUUAGUGUAACAUCCCAUAAUGCACUCAAGGAGUGCUAUAAGAAUAAGACCACUGAAGCUGCUUUUUUGGAACAGCCUGACUUUUCACAGCAGAUACAGCACAAUAAAAAGCUUUUCAGUAUCCCAGAAGUAGCCGAAGAGGAUGGUGACUAUUCUGAACUGUUACACAAGCAGGGCUUAGGUGCACCCUAUAAAACGAAACCCACACUAGCUAGAGACACUAAACCACCUAGGGCCUACAAUCAAGACCAACAGCACAACUUCUGGUAUCCAGCCAAGCACAGAAUUUCAGGCAUAGAGGAUCUGGCUUCAGAAGAAAAAGGAUGCAAAUAUAGUAGGUCCUUAACAAGAAGCCCAGACAGCGGCCUGGACUGUGGAAGUGAGGAAGAAGAAUCUCGUUUUAAUUUCAGGAAUGCUUAUGACUUGAUUUCUGCCAACGUUGCACCAAGCUGUUGCGCAGACACCAGUAACUGCUCUUGCAGGAAAACCACGAGGCCAUUGCUUGCUCGCAGGAAAACGUUAACCAGGCAAUGCAGCAUUGAAGAAGACUUUGGCGACUUGGGUCCUUUCACUGUAGAGUCUAGAAGUGAGGAGGCCAAACCCAGUUUUGAGAAAAAGUAUGAGACUCAGAAAUGUGCUAGAACAGAUCAUUUGUCUAAUGAAGAUAUUCAGGGAGGCUGGAAGACCAACUUAAAAGGGACUGAAUCUAGGGCGGCUGUUCCACUUGCAAAGCCAUCCCACAGAGACGCAGAAGACUCUCUGCUUUUAGGGAACCCAUCAUCCCCAGGACGACCUGACAGGGUGGAGCACACGGGGCGAAGGUCAUCUCAUGGCAGUGCAGUGUCACAAAGGUCUCGACCAAUGUUGGUCCCUUCCAUUGAAAUUACAAUGGACAGUAACAGUGAAGGCGGUCGGUCUCGGUCAGGUAGUGAGGGAAAUAUUUCACCUGUAAAAGAAGAAGCUUAUUAUCGCAGCAUUGGUGGACAUAAGACAUGGUCUCAGCAGCGUACCAUGGCCUCUGACUAUAGAUACGAUGGUUACGGCAGCCGGGACCAUCUUUCUCCAGAUAUUUAUGAAGAAUCAGAGACAGAUCCUUGCGCAGAGGACAUUUCUACUCGAAUAUUUGUUGCUCUCUUUGACUAUGAUCCACUGACCAUGUCCCCCAAUCCUGAUGCUGCAGAAGAAGAGCUGCCAUUUAAAGAAGGACAGAUAAUUAAGGUUUAUGGAGAUAAAGAUGCGGAUGGAUUCUAUCGGGGGGAAACCUGUACAAGAAUUGGCCUUAUUCCAUGUAAUAUGGUCUCUGAAAUCCAAGCAGAUGACGAGGAGAUGAUGGAUCAGCUUCUGAAACAAGGGUUUCUUCCUCUGAAUACACCCGUUGAGAAAAUAGUCAACUGUGACCGUUUCAAAGAGAGCACACGCUCUGUACACCGCAGAUCCAGAAAGUCUAAAAGAGAAAGGAACAGACGGAGUGGCAGGCAACAUUCGGUGUCGACAAGGAGGAUGGUGGCACUAUAUGAUUAUGACCCAAGAGAAAGUUCUCCUAACGUUGAUGUAGAGGCUGAGCUAACGUUCUGUACAGGAGAUAUUAUUGCAGUAUUUGGGGAAAUUGAUGAAGAUGGAUUUUACUAUGGUGAACUGAAUGGACAGAAGGGGCUGGUUCCUUCAAACUUUCUUGAAGAAGUGCCUGAUGAUGUAGAAGUCUAUCUUUCUGAUGCACCAUCACGAUAUGCUCAAGACACACCAAUGCGUACAAAAGCAAAAAGGAAGAAGAGUGUUCAUUUCACACCUUAAUAAGGCAAUGUAGCCUUCACGUAAGUGAGCAACUGAAGAUACCAAUAAAGAUAUCAAUUAAAGCUACCUGACAGUAUCUAAUGCAACAGUCUUGAAACUUAACUGUGGAAAAAAGAAAUAUGUCUCCAAAAUCAUUGGCCCUAAUAUAACAGGAUACAGACACUUACUGUGUGUAUUUGAAAAUUAGCUUAUUUCCAAGAGACAAAGAAAUCCUUUGAAAUUAUAACCAAGGGUUUCCUUCUAAUUAGGGUUCACUUUACAAAGGUCAACAUUUGGAACAUAUUUCUUCAUGAGCUAAAUGUUUCUGUUUACAUUGAAAGAGGAGUUUAGUGUCCAAUUACGCUACGAACAGAAGCUGCAUAUUGCAUUGUUAGCCAAUCUGGGAAAUCCAAAUUCAGAGUCUGUAGAUAAAGAAAAAAAAGCACAAAACCCACCACCCUUAAAGAAUGAGCAAGUGAGUUGUAAGCAGGUCAGUAUUGUAGUUUACAAGGGUAUAGUUGGUUCUGAAACUCAUUAACCUCAAACUUUCUGCCUUAAAAAAAUGUGUUUUCCACGAUCGAUUAUACCCCAGUUUGCCUAUGACUUCAAGAAUUCUGAAAACAUGCACCCCUACAUAUGCUAGUUUUAUCCAGAGACAGUGCAAACAUUUGUGAAACACUCUAGUAGUAGCUUGGUUUACCAAUGCAAUAAGUGUCAAUAUGAAACAUUGCAGCUCACCUAAUGAAUGCAUUAGACUAAAUAUAUGGUAUCUUCAGGUGUACGUUGGGGUGCUUUACCAAGUUGUUUUUCAUUAGAAUUAGACCUUGAUUUAAAAUCAAAGUAGGCUUGAAGCCCUUUUGCUUAAUUCACUGUUGUACAAGACAGCAAAUCGCUAACACGUUAACAUCUUAAUGGGAAUUCAAGAUAUUAGGUGUCCCUGAGGCAUGAUUUCUACUACAAAAACAGCAUACAGUACCACAUUUUGUUAGCGGGGAAAAGUAGUUGCAAUAGAUUGAGUAUAAAUAGUUGUAGCAUUUUCAUUGAAGUGCUUUUGAUGAUUAAAAUAGCUCUGUUUAAAAUAUUUAGGAAUGCUGUCAUAUUCUAAGUAUUGUACAAGUGUUCAUCUUCACCUGGCAAUCAUAUAGCUGCAGCACACACGCCAAGCAAUCAGGGUCUUUAAGCUUUCUUUGAUUGCAAUUAAGGUUCAUUUUAGCUUUUUUUUUCUUUCAACCAGUGUGCCAUCUUAAAUAUGUAUAUACAGUAGGUUAACCAACUUUAAAGAAAAGGCAUUUAAAGGACAUAAAAAAAUAGGUGAUCAUAUAUAGUUUGCACAUAUCUUCUGGAACUGUUUGGCUUAUAUAGAUUGCUGAUUUAUAGUACUUAACCCACUGUUUAAAUUCCAUAGCUACAAGUGUCUCGUCAUUCUUGUACUCACCAUCAUCUUGAGUACUGACAUACAAAACUUUGUGAUUUUUGCCAGAACGAUGGUAAAAUGGCAGUCCCCAGAUCAUUGUUUGAAAAAACAAAAACAAAAACGUGUAAUUAAUUUAAGGUCCCAGUCAAGUGUGUAUUUUCUGAUGUCUACAACCUUUUCUCACAAUUGCAUGUGUGGGAAGCUGUACUUAUGUAUUUUUCAUUAUUUCUGGAUGGCAUAUUAAACUACUGAAGGAACAAAUCAAGCAGACCUUUUUUUUAAGUGGGUAUUGGGACAAAAAGUGAUGUUACCAACUUUCUUGAUGAUGAAUAGCUUUCAACUAUUCAAUAAACUAUAACAAUAUACCUAAUAGGUUCCUCCUGAGAAUACAGGUACAUCAAGGAGAGCACCAUCCCCCACAGUCCAUCUCCAUUCUGGGUCACCUCCGUCAUCUAUGGGUUCUGGUA